AUCCUUGACUUGGUUGGUAUUCUAAAUAAUGCACAAAACCUUGCAAGUAGCCACGCCCCCUUUUGCUUGCACAAAGAAGGGGGGGGUAUCUCGUUCUUGACUUUUUCGUUGUGUUUGCCGCUACAGUUCUCUAUCUCUCUGUAACUUAACCUCUACCAAGCUUUCUAUACAGUACAGUAACGAAGACAAUGGCUGUAAAUCCACAAGCUUUCGAGCAGUUCACUCUGAGACAAGUUCGCAUCACUGAGAAUAAGCUUGGACGAGGUUCCUACGCUGUUGUCAUGGAGCUAGAGUAUCGAGGACUGAAAUGUGCCGGCAAGAAGCUUUACCGAGUUCUCUACGAUACUGGAAUCGGGCAUGCAGCACGAAGGUAUCUGGAGGAGUGUCACCUGCUCAGUCAAACUAGACACCCCAACAUUGUCCAGUUUCUGGGAGUCUGUUUUGAGGAAGGCUCUCAGUUCCCCAUCCUAGUCAUGGAGUUCCUCCCCACCAACUUGACCAGCUGUCUCGAGCGCUACGGUAUUCUCCCCGAUGAGAUCAACUUCUCCAUCCUCCAUGACGUCUCACUGGGCCUGGUCUACCUCCAUGGCCAAACACCAAUCAUUGUGCACAGAGACCUCUCAGCCAACAAUGUCCUCUUGUCCACCAACAUGACGGCCAAGAUAUCUGAUCUGGGGGUUGCUCGAAUAUUGAACCUCACCCCCCUUCAAGCGAGUCGAAUGACUGAGACCCCUGGCACCCCAGCGUACAUGCCCCCCGAAGUGAUGGUUGCCGACCCCCACUACGACACCAGUGUGGAUGUGUUCUCCUUUGGGGUCAUGAUGAUUCACACCUUCACAGCAGAGUGGCCACUACCAAAGAUCGGCCCCAACAGAAUCGAUCCUGCUAAUCCUGACAGACUGAUACCAGUGACGGAAGCUGAACGACGUGAACAUUUUCUUCGAAAGAUUACCCCAGACCACCCUCUGAUGGACCUCAUCAUGCGCUGUCUCAGCAACAACCCUCAGCGAAGGCCUAGAGCAGUGGAGAUAAUGGGUUGGAUGGUGGGUGUGGUACUUGAACACCCUCCCUCCUUUGAGAACAGAGUGGAGAUGCUCCAGCGAGUGAGUGCCCUACUGACAGAGAAGAGGGAGCUUGAGGAGGAGGUUGUGAGGAAGGACUCGGCAAUCCAGGAGAAAGCAGGAGAGAACGAGGCACUGGCGGAGGAGAAAAGACGACAAGAUGAAGAAAGUGAAAACACUGUCGAUCGUAUGCAGUUGGUGCACUCCGUGGAAACUGAUCAGUUGAAAUUGGAAAACGAAAAUCUUAAAGGUCAACUCGAAGAUAAUGAGACAAUUGUUAACAUGAAAGAUGCUAGAAUUACUGAGGUAGAAACUCAAUGUAAGCAACUCACUGAAGAGGUGGAGCAACAAAUUGCCAACGUCAACUACACUCACAACGAGCUUGUAUCUAAAGCUACAAAAAUAGCUCAACUGGAAACAGAUGUCACCAAUCUCAUUGCACAAGUGGAACAAGAGCAAGCAGAAAAAAACUCUAUUAUCACCCACAAAGAUUUGACUAUUGCUGUCAAAGAUUCAACAAUUGCUCACAAAGAUUCAAUGCUUGUCUCCAAGGACACUUCCCUUCAAAAGAAAGAGGCCACCAUUCAGAGUUUAAACGAUCAGCUCACCAAAACUAGAGACUACCUGACCAGCAAACCACAGGUGAGCGCACACAUCUAAAAUAUGAUACCCUCAUAUCUCUUAUUGUAUCGCUACCCCAAUAGAAGUACCAAGUCUAAAGCUUAUAAUGAGUUGAUGGCCAUGCAUGAACAACUGUGUUGUAAUGCAGCGUGUAAUCCAGGCUAUGUAUUCAAUUGAUUCUACCUUUAGUUAGUACGUCACUUACUUACUGUUCCCAUUGUAGUGAGCCACAGGCAUAUCUCCUAUUGCCACCCUAAUAGAAGCUAGUGCCAAGUCUAAAGCUUACUGUUAUUGUACUCCAAAUCAUUUUUUUGCGAUGCCUCGAUAAUUAGAAUGACAGUUGUUGUGUAUUAUAGUGUGGCUUGUAAUCUAUGUGUACAAUCUCAGCCUCGAAGCUAUCCGUACA